UCCGAUAGAGGGCGCUGUGGCGACCAACGCUGACUGAUCAUCAGCAGCUUUACCUCACUGCCCUUCCAGCAGCAUCUCACCUUCAACCGGCCGGACGCACAUCCACCGCCGCACCCGAAAACGGAAAGAAAAAACACACGAGAGAGAAAGACAGCGUCAGACAAACCAACACGGGAAACCGAGUAACAUUAGAGUCUGUUGUUUUAAUGAUGUAGGGAUUCGUUUCGCGGUUUGACAUCUAAUUUAGCCUGCCCGCCUCACUGCGACAAGGAAUCACCGUCCAGCUGCGCAUAAAUAAACUGUAACCUGUCUCAGCUUGUCGGGAUUGUCAGCUUGUUCCUGUCCACGAAGAAGAAAGCAGUGACUGCGCAUCCUUCGUCGUUGAUUUUGACGGUCAGAUCAGGCCCCGAUCAGCGACAGGUCGCCUCCAGCCUCAGCAUCAUCUUUCCUCUCAGCAGAAAGCAGCAUCCUUCCACCUCCUUGAAUCUGCGCCAUGGCCGAUGUUCCAGCGGAGUGCAACAUAAAAGUGCUGUGUCGCUUUCGCCCUCUCAACCAGUCGGAGAUUUUACGCGGGGACCAGUUUAUCCCCAAAUUCCAAGGAGACGACACUGUCGUCGUCGGGGGCAAGUCCUACUCGUUUGAUCGAGUGUUUCCAACCAACACCACCCAGGAGCAGGUGUACAACACCUGCGCCAAGCAGAUUGUCAAGGAUGUUCUGUUUGGAUACAAUGGCACUAUCUUCGCAUAUGGACAAACCUCCUCCGGGAAGACUCACACCAUGGAGGGCAAGCUGCACGAUCCUCACCAGAUGGGUAUUAUUCCUCGCAUUGCUGAGGACAUUUUCAACCACAUCUUUGCCAUGGAUGAAAACCUUGAAUUCCACAUUAAGGUUUCAUACUUUGAAAUCUACAUGGACAAAAUCCGUGACCUUCUGGAUGUGACAAAGACCAACCUGUCUGUCCAUGAGGAUAAAAAUAGGGUGCCAUAUGUCAAGGGAUGCACUGAGCGUUUUGUCUCCAGCCCCGAUGAGGUUAUGGAUGUGAUUGACGAAGGCAAAGCUAACCGCCAUGUUGCUGUGACCAACAUGAACGAGCACAGUUCUCGUAGCCACAGCAUCUUCCUGAUCAACAUCAAGCAGGAGCACGUUGAGACUGAGCAGAAACUGUGUGGAAAACUUUACCUGGUGGAUCUGGCUGGCAGUGAGAAGGUCAGUAAGACUGGAGCGGCCGGAGCCGUCCUGGAUGAGGCUAAAAACAUCAACAAGUCUCUUUCUGCUCUGGGAAAUGUCAUCUCUGCCUUGGCUGAGGGCACGAAAAGUCACGUGCCGUACCGUGACAGCAAAAUGACCCGCAUCCUGCAGGAUUCCCUUGGUGGGAACUGUCGCACCACCAUGUUCAUCUGCUGCUCUCCCUCCAGCUACAAUGACGCAGAGACCAAGUCGACUCUGAUGUUUGGACAACGUGCCAAGACCAUCAGGAACACUGCUUCCAUCAACCUUGAGCUGACAGCAGAGCAGUGGAAGAGGAAGUACGAGAAGGAGAAGGAGAAGAAUAAGACUCUGAAGGACACCAUCCAGAAGCUGGAGACUGAGCUCAACCGCUGGAGAAAUGGAGAGGACGUGCCUGAGACGGAGCAGACCACAGCGGACAUUGUGAUCCGUCUCGAUAGUGUGGAGGAGCGCCCCGUUUUGGACAAUGACACCUCCUCCAUUGUGGUCCGCAUUUCUGAGGAGGAGCGGCAGAAGUAUGAGGAGGAGAUCCGUAAGCUGUACAAGCAGCUCGAUGACAAGGAUGAUGAGAUCAACCUGCAGUGCCAGUUGGUGGAGAAACUGAAGCAGCAGAUGUUGGACCAGGAUGAGCUCCUGGCCUCAUCCAAGGGCGAUGGGGACAAGGUCCAGGCUGAACUCGGCAGGCUGCAGGUGGAGAGCGAUUGCGCCAAGGCUGAGGUAAAGGAGGUGCUGCAGGCUCUGGAGGAGCUGGCCAUCAACUAUGACCAGAAGAGCCAGGAGGUUGAGGAGAAAGGACUGCAGAACCAGCUGCUGGCCGACCAACUGUCCCAGAAAAUGGCCAGUCUGAUGGAGCUGGAGGCAGAGCUGUCUCGUAUGCAGGAAGUGAGCGGUCAGCAGAGGAAACGCAUCGCUGACGUUCUCAAUGGUCUGAUGAGGGACCUCAGCGAGUUCAGCACCAUCGUGGGCAACGGGGAGAUCAAGCUGCCGGUGGAGAUUAGCGGUGCGAUCGAGGAGGAGUUCACGGUGGCUCGCCUCUACAUCAGCAAGAUCAAGUCGGAGGUGAAGAGCAUGGUGAAGCGCUGCCGCCAGCUGGAGAACAUGCAGCUAGAGUGCCACCGCAAGAUGGAGGAGACCGGGAGGGAGCUCUCCUCCUGCCAGCUCCUCAUCUCUCAGCAUGAAGCUAAGAUCCGCUCUCUGACGGAGUACAUGCAGAGCGUGGAGCAGAAGAAGAGGCUGCUGGAGGAGAGCCACGACUCCCUGAGCGAAGAGCUGGCCAAGCUGCAAGACCAGGAUAACUCCCUGCUUGAGGAUAAGGAUGGAGAGAAGGGUGAGACUGAGGAUGGAAAUGUAAAGAAGGCUCCUCGUCAGCAGGGGGAGUCUCACCGUGGCCUCUAUCACAAGCAGUUGGCCCGCCUGCGGGAUGAGAUCAAUGAGAAGCAGAGGAUCAUUGACGAGCUCACCGAUCGUAACUCCAAGCUGGAGCUCGAGCUGGCUCAGGUUCGCGCUGACUUUGAACGCCUGAAGAGUCAGGACAGCACCAAGAGUGAGCGCUUGGAGGAGCUCUCAUUCCUGCAUGAGCGCCAUGAGCAGACUAAACAGGACUUGAAGGGUCUGGAGGAGACUGUAGCCCGCGAACUCCAGACCCUCCACAACCUGCGCAAGCUGUUCGUUCAAGACCUCACGUCGCGGGUUAAAAAAAGUUCCGAAUUGGAGCCUGAUGAUAGCGGGGGGUCUUGCACCCAGAAGCAGAAGAUUUCCUUUCUUGAGAAUAACCUGGACCAACUUACAAAGGUUCACAAACAGCUGGUUCGUGACAAUGCAGAUCUGCGUUGUGAGCUUCCAAAGUUGGAGAAACGUCUUCGGUCUACUGCUGAGAGAGUUAAGGCCCUGGAGACUGCAUUGAGGGAUGCCAAGGAGGGUGCAAUGAUGGACCGCCGGCGCUACCAGCAGGAGGUUGACCGCAUCAAGGAUGCCAUGAAGGCAAAGAGCGCCUUGAGGCGCCCCCAUGCUGCACAGAUUGCCAAGCCAGUGAGACCGAAGCAGCUGCCCGUCUGCUCUCCCACCAACCCGUUCUACACUUACAUCCGUGCCACUGAACAAGCCAACACCUACAGCAACAUCCUCUUCCAGAGUGGCAUGACACAGCCGAGCUCUGCCAGCAGCAACUGCAACCCCAACUCUGUCCAGAGCAACACAGUUUCCACAGCGCUUGGCUACAGAGCAGGCAGAUAUAAUGGAGACACACUUGAGUCUUACCCUCUAAACAUUGACAAUGGUAACAGCAUCAGUGAAACGAGAGACAUCAAUGACAACAGGAGUGAUGUUCACUGUGGCAGCGAGGUGGAUGAUUCAAACAGGCACUACGUCAUAAAGCAGGAGACUGCUGCAAGUUAAUGCCAUGAAGAUGACCAUACACUGUACCCAUCCAAGGACCCCUCCCAUCUGCAUGCAGCCUGUCUCCCUGUCCCUCCAUUACAUCACUGAUGAAGAUGAUGAUGAGGAUCUGUAGCCCCUGUAGUCUCUCCUGCUCCUAUGGUGACCACUCUCACCCUCAGGUUUGGGGUCCAGUCCCUUCCAGUUCAGUCGGUGAAGGAAGUUAAUUAAAUCAUCUUUUUUUAUAUACAGAACGUCCACUUAAUCAAUUCGUCAAUUCCUCAGCCAAUCAAUUUGUCAACAGAUAUCACUGAAGCUGAUUACCUCCCGAGGUGGUUGAACUGAAAUGGGGCUGACUCCAUCCCUGAUUAUUAAGUACACACAUGUUGUAAAUAAUAGUGCCGUACACUCCAGUAGAGGUUUUUGACCAGCAACUGUUUGUGUGAAUGCACACCUCCACCAUCCCCUGCACACAUCUUCUUAAGGGCAUCAUGCGGAUGACAAACUGUAGGCAGACGUGACCUUUUUCUCUGUCGUAAAUAAGAGCAUAGUGUGUAACGCCAGCUUGUAACAGAAGACCCACACUCUGCAUGCAUAUCGCUUAGCGGGUUAGCUUUCAAACCUUUGCAUGUACCCUGAUUCAUGUCAGGAGCUGGUAUGCUUGCGAGUGAACCGUCUGAUCGACUACGACAGAUGUCACACAGAGAAAGAGAGAACUGGUUUUCCUUAAUCCUAAUCCUGGUGUCAGCGCUUUAUAUUUUCUGUUAUAUAGUAAAACUGGGCUAUUGUGUUAAUGUGACUUAAACACAUGAAAAUGACAUAAAACACAUCUGGGCCUAGUUUUAUUUUAUAAGAAGAGGGCAUAGGAUGCAACAUGAUUCAGGGAAACCCAGCCCAGAUCGAGUAUAGUAGUAGUGUGUAUCGAGGAAACCUUUUGUAAUUGCUUUGAUACUGUGAUGUUGCAGCUGUAUGCCACUGUACAUUUCAAGUAAUGCUGCCCACGCCCAUUUAAUGUGUCCCUCCCAGCAUUGCACCCACACGUCUUCAUACGGAGCCUUAACAAGAGCUGAUUUCUCAUGAUCAAACUAACACGCUGUCAUGUGCAUACAUUUGUAAUUACUACCUCUAGAGCUACUCAUUAAUCACUUAACACAGGAUAGUUAUACAACAUACUUUCAAACACUGUAUAAGAGCUGAUCUUAGGGUUUCUAGAGAAAGUUGCAACUUUAGUACACCAAUAGCUGUAAGUAGAUUUAAAUGCUCUUACCAGAGCAGUAGUUAUGUUCUCCUGAAGUUAACUCAUACACUGAAGGAAUCUGCGUAUGCCCCAUCAUAUAACAAGAUCAGAGCUGGGCUGAAAAAGUGCUUGCAAAAAUGUUCUGCUGCUGCAGAGCACCCGUCAGACAGUGUCAAGUUUAUUAUCAAAAGAAAAGUACAACAUUCUGAUGCAUCUAUUUGGCACCUGGUAAGGCUGGAUUCAUGAAACCUGCUUUGUCUCCUCUAAUGUAUAGUUACACUAUUGAUAUACUUCCACUGUGUUAUUUACAUUUUGAUUUAAAAAAAUAAGUGAAUAUCGCAAGCCCCUUUAAGCCCCUGUAUGGAAGUUAUUCAGUGAUUCAGUGCUUUUUAAUCAGAACCGUCAAAAGUCCAACGAGUGUCUGAAAACGAGUCCCCAACUGAGCAGCCACCAGUGUGGGAUGGACAGACCGUUUGGCUGAAGCUUGUUGUUUGUAGCUUGCAGGUCGUGCUGUUAUUCUUCUGUGAGAAAUCCUGACCAGCCAAUCAGGAUAGCAGAAAGCAGCAUGCCUUAGGUGGGUAACGAAGAGUUGUUUGGAUUGAGCUGAGUCACUGAGUUAAAUGACAGAUUAGACCAGAAGUGUGUCAUUCUUAAAGGAAAUAUAACUAACACACAGCUUUUAAAGGAACACGAACAUAUAAGUGAGAAAAAGAGUUAAUUUAAAAUUUCUGUUUUCUGUUUACACGUUGACCGCAUAUUUGAUCACAGUUGCGCAUUUUAAUAUUUGCAAAAAACAAUCUUCACUUUUCUGUAGAAAAAUAUUUCUCUAUGUAAAGUUCAGUGCAUUACAUCCAAUGACUGGAUUUCUCCGUGUAAAUUUGUUCAAAUAGGACCCCAGUACGUAAUGUGAGUGUCCCUCCCCAGUCGUCUGAUUCUUAGCAGCCUCAUUUAUGACAGCACUGUCUCAUGCUCCUGCUGGCAUUAACAACAUCUCAGGGCUUCACAUUCACAAUCACAGCCACCACAGGCCACCACCACUGUCUUCCCCAUAGACUUAAAACCAUGUGAUUGCUGAUGAACAAUCAGGCGAGUGUGUGUUCUUCGAGGCUUAGCAGAUGCACUGUAUGAUAAAGUUAACAUUAGAGAAAUAACACCAUUUUAUACAUAGUAUAUAACAUCGCCAUUCUGUCACAUGCCAUCUAAAAUGAAAACCUGCACCUGGUCAAACCCUACUGUACGUGUCCAAGCAGACCCUCUAUUUGACAUCAUGUUUUAAGUGUAAUAAAUAAAUUUGAGGAGGGGGAAAUGUGUACUAUAUUGUCACCUGCUGUUCCACUGUCUGAUUUAAACAUAUCUAAAAUACAUGUGCUAUAUAUUGUUAAUCUUGUAAGUAAAACAGCGUGUCAUGACAUAGUAAAAUGCAAAAUAAAGGUACACGCUAACUUUGUUAAGAGAAAUGUUUGUUUUAUUUAUUUCUGUAUGCCUAUACUGUAGCGUCAACAUGAUUACGUGAAGAACCACCGUGCAUAAUUUCUGUAUAUAUAGACUCAUCACUAUGCUGUAUUGUAUGUGAGUGUUGUAGUAAAAAGCUCAAUAAACUUGUAGAAAGGAA